UUAGAAGUUUUUAUUAUGCAGUGUUAUCCUAUAUUUAGCAAUGACAAUUUCCUGCAGCUAGAACAACUGAGCCCUCUGGGGUUGCCUAUUCUUUUUGACAACCUACCAACACCGACCGCAACAAACUGUCCGUACCAUCCGGCUACAGUGGACCUACCCAAUCCACUCCCUGACUCGAUUAUAAACAAUGUGACUUUAGGCCUGCAAAUGUUAAAACAAAAUGUACUCAAUUCGCAAACUUUGCCUGGAAUUGCAUACAGUCUGACCUACAAGGACAAAGUGUUGUUCAGUGGUGGAUUGGGAGUUACGGUCAAAAACAAGAACGGAGAACCCAACGGGACCACAAUCUUUAGGAUUGGCAGUGUCUCUAAAGUAUUUGCAGUAAUGGUUCUUUACCAGUUGUUCGAUCGUGGUGUGGUCAAGUCACUAGAUGAUGACAUAAAAGAAUACUGUCCUGACUUUAAGAUGCAAACACAGUACAAUAUCACUCUGAGGCAACUAGCCUCACAGCUGUCUGGUCUGCCGCGUGAAGCUCCUUGUGGGACACAUAAUAAUUUGACCAGUUUCUGUGCCACUACCACCAAGAACGUUCUGAACAACUUGCAAACUGAGAGGACUCUUUUCCCUCCAUGGACUAGACCGUCAUACAGCAACCUUGCGUACUCUCUCCUGGGCCACUGUCUGGUUGAGCAUUAUUCAUCAUCGAUGACGUACGAAGACUACGUACAACAGAAUAUUCUAGCUCCUUUGAAAAUGAGUGACACUGGAUUCAAAAUUACAGAUACGGUGAAAGCACGCAUGGCGACAGGGUAUGCACCUGAUGGUUCUGUGGCUCCACUGACUGACUUAGGGUGGUUAGCUCCUGCUGGGCAAAUGUACUCCACAACAAAUGAUCUCAACAAGCUUGCCCAGUUUUUCAUGGAUGAAUACGAGCCUUUGAAAGCGGUUCUUUCAACAUCUGUUCGACAACAAAUGCUUCUUCCAAUGUUUGUGAAUCGCGAUAGACUGUCAGGAUUUGGCACUCCCUGGGAGGUAUUAUUCCAAAGCAACUACACAGUUUUAAUCAAGGGUGGGAAUGUGGGCGGCUAUACUGCUCUGUUCAGCUUUAUACCUGAGCUAAAACUAGGAUUGAAUGUGCUCCUGUCGGGACAAGCAGACGAAUUUGGGCUGGCACAAGUUGCCCAUGCUAUGCUCAUACCAGUUUUUGUGGAAGCACUUCGACCCCUGAAAACAACUUUCCCCUACCCACCCAACCCCAGUGUGUACGAGGGCACUUACAAAGUGGAGGGUGACGGGAUUGGACAGCUGCCUAAUAUCACCAUAGGAACAUUCAAUAAGCAUCUGGUGCUAAGCAUGUUUGGAGUGGGUUACUAUUUGUCGUACCAAGAUAAAUAUCUUUUUCAGAUCCAAUAUGAUGACAACCUCCAGCCAUGCCUGAUUAGUGAACUGACCGCUGCCAAGGGGGAGUGGCUGUACUUUUCUCCUGGAAAAAAUAACGCACCAUCCCCUCUUUUCACUAUUCCUGGUCUAUAUGUUGGAAUUAAUUUUGUUAGGAUUUCUUAAAUUUUUAUUAGUUGCAUACGACGAAUGAAAUUAAUGCUGUGUGA